AUGUCUGUUUUGAAACAGGAGGACCAGGACACCAUGGAAGCCGAUCUAGACAAAGACGAGCUGAUCCAACCUCAGCUUGGAGAACUCUCAGGCGAGAAACUUCUGACCACAGAAUAUUUGGGGAUCAUGACCAACACGGGCAAGACAAGGCGGAAAGGGCUGGCCAGUGUACAGUGGAGUGGGGACGAGCCCCUGUGCCGGCCUGUCACCCCCGGCGGCCACAGGAACGGGUACCCAGUGCCAGACGACCAUCUCCCUUCACCCCAGAUGGCCCGACGUGCUAGAAACGGCUGCCUGCAGGCACUGCCAGCCACUCAGCCCGCAGUCGGCAAGGAGGGCGAGCCCAGUGCGGCAGAGGCCUGCGUCCCCUGUCCACGUAAGAGCGUUGGCAGCAUGCCCGCAGCCACUGCCACCAAGCCAAGAGAGUGGUUGCCAGCGCGACAUCAGGAAGAGCCCCGCCUGCCCCCCAUGGGGGUUCCCAGCCAGUCAGAGGAGGUGCCCCAGGACCUGGGCAGUGGAGGGAACACCAGGGUGGUGAAGCUCUUCCAUUUCCGGGUCUGCAGGGAGCAGCCACGGGGGCAGACCAGCAGCUCCUGCAGCAGCAGGGCCCGGGGGCAGAUCUGCAGCUCCUGCAGCAGCAGGGCCCGGGGGCUGCACGAGGUUUGGUUCCCAGCCAUUGCCGCCCAGGAAGAUAAUAGCAGUACUGCCAUGACUGUCACUUGCCUCCCCCGUGGCCCAUCGGCCACCACCGUCUGGGAGGUCCAGCUCAGGAUGGUGCUGGUGCACGGUCCACAGGCAGACCCUGGACAGCAGCCCCAGCAGGAUAAGACGGUGUUUGCCAAAUGCACAUUCCGUUCUAGGGCAUUUACCUCAGCCUUUACCUGCAAGUUCCAGAUCCCCCGCACCCUGGAGACCCUGGACCUGAACCCAUCCCAGGCAAUGGCGUCAGCUCUGGCCCCUCAGUUCCCCUCAUGUGUCCCCCAGCAGGCCAGCCGCCCCGGCUCUACAGCGUCCUCUAUGAGGGGCCUGCAGAGCAGCCAAUCUCACAGGAAGUGA